CUCAGUGAGGUUUCGAACGGGAAGAAAGGAAAACACGCUUGUUAUUUCAGUGAUAAAACAGCGAAUUUACAGCAAAGACAAAACUAGAUCGGUAAAUGCCAACAGACAUGUCGGAAGCCCCUGGACCUGCUAACCACCGACUUAAAUCAUACAAAAACAAAGCACUUGACUCCCAGGAAUUACGACGUAGAAGAGAGGAAGAAGGAAUCCAACUCCGUAAACAGAAGAGAGAUGAACAGCUAUUCAAACGGCGAAAUGUAUCUGUGCCAUCAGGGUCUGAUGAGAUGUCUGUGGGAGAUGUGCAGGAAGCCACUGUGUCUUCAACUCUCACUGGUGGCAUCAGUACAGAGAUGGUUCAAGCUUUAUACAGUGAAAAUGUUGAGGAGUUAGAAGCUGCAACUCAGAAGUUCAGGAAACUGUUAUCCAGAGAACCAAACCCACCAAUAGAUGAAGUGAUCCAGACUGGAAUUGUCCCACGUUUUGUAGAGUUCCUACAGAGAGAUGGAAGCUGGACACUGCAGUUUGAAGCAGCAUGGGCUUUGACAAACAUAGCAUCAGGAACUUCUCUACAGACUCGUGUUGUCAUUGAAGCCAGGGCUGUACCUAUCUUCAUCAAACUCCUCAGCUCUGAAAUUGAGGAUGUGCAGGAACAAGCUGUGUGGGCCUUAGGAAACAUUGCUGGUGACAGCCCUGAAUGCAGGGACUAUGUACUUAAUGAAGGAAUACUUGUACCAUUGUUACAAUUGUUAAGUAAAAGCAACAGCCUGUCAAUGACACGGAAUGCAGUGUGGUGUUUAUCUAACUUAUGCCGAGGCAAGAAUCCACCACCAGAGUUUGCAAAGGUAUGUCCAGCACUGCCUGUGUUAGCACGGCUGCUGUUCCACACGGACAAGGACGUCUUGGCUGACUCGUGUUGGGCUCUUUCCUAUCUCUCAGAUGGACCCAAUGAAAAGAUCCAAGCUGUUAUAGACUCUGGAGUGUCGCGACUUGUAGAACUUUUAAUGCAUAAUCAUAUAAGUGUGGUGGCUGCAGCGCUACGUGUUGUAGGAAAUAUUGUCACAGGAGAUGACUGUCAGACUCAGGUGAUACUCAACUGUUCUGCGCUGCCCUGCCUCCUGCAUCUUCUUAGUAGUCCAAAGGAGUCCAUCCGGAAAGAAGCCUGCUGGACAAUAUCAAAUAUCACUGCUGGAAAUAGGAUGCAAAUACAGAACGUGAUAGAUGCCAACAUAUUCCCAGUCUUGAUAGAUAUCUUGGGUAAAGCAGAAUUCAAGACACGGAAAGAAGCUGCCUGGGCCAUAACAAAUGCUACGUCAGGUGGAUCCCCAGAACAGAUUAGGUUUCUGGUGGAACAAGGCUGUAUAUCGCCACUGUGUGACCUGCUUACUGUGAUGGACAGCAAGAUUGUCCAAGUGGCUCUCAAUGGACUUGAGAACAUCCUCAGACUUGGUGAACAAGACUCCAAACACAAUAAUGGAAUCAACCCCUAUGCUGUGAUGAUUGAAGAGUGCUAUGGACUUGACAAGAUCGAGUUCCUCCAGAGCCAUGAGAACCGAGAUAUCUAUCAGAAGGCAUUUGACAUCAUUGAAAAGUACUUUGGAACAGAAGAAGAGGAUCGUGUCAUUGCUCCUCAGAUGGACGAAAACCAACAGCAAUACCAGUUCGGAGUUCAGGCUCAAAACAAUCCAGUGGGUGGCUUCCAGUUCUAGACUCCUGUGUUUUCCACCUGACAGUCAGUCCUGCAGGUUCCACCUGUAUAGUUAUGGGGCGGAGUGUUGACUAUUUUCGUUGUACCACAGUUGGAGCUCCUUGCUCUGGACGCUCAACUAGUCAGUCCACUGCCAUAUCACUGGGAAGAUCAAAGAUUGUUUAUCUUGUCAAACCUCGUUAUUCCACAGGACUUGCUUCCAGCAGCAGCAGCAAACUCUAGAAUCCUUGCCGAGUUCCAGUAGACCUUCACAGUGAGGUGCAACUACAAAAAGUGUUGUUCAUGAUGCCGCUCUUUAACCAUCUCACAAUCUGAUCUCUUCAGACAAGGAAAAUCAAGGGAAACCACAGAAACAUUAAACCAGAGAACCCUGUGACAAGUGGCUGGAGUUGGGAUGGAGCAUGAUAGGGGAACGAAAUAGGGAUUUAGAGAGGGUCGGGACUCCGUCGAGGAGAUAUCUAGAAAGGGGUUGUGUUCAUGGGGCAGCCACUGAAUGUCAUGUGUAUAUUGUGAUGGCAUGGCUAGUCAGGCUGCCGUUGUGUAUGGGGAGGGAUUGGGAGGUAGGGCGUAGUGAUGGAGGGACAGGGAGGUAGGGCGUAGUGAUGGAGGGACAGGGAGGUAGGGCGUAGUGAUGGAGGGACAGGGAGGUAGGGCGUAGUGAUGGAGGGAUGGGGAACUAGGGCAUAGUGAUGAGGGAGGGGGGAUGUGGCAGGUUGGGUGGGGAUAAGGUUUUCAUGAGAAGCAAUCUCAUUAUAGUGUGAAAUGUGUUAAGCUGAAUCAAAAUUAGGCUUAUCUUUUUUGAUAUUUCAAAUUCCCAUUUAAGAACUUUUUUUUGUGCCAUGCCAAGUUAAUUUGUUAUAUUGGUAGAAUCUUUAUUGAGUUGGUGGCUUAUUCUUGACCUACAAGUAUAAGUUCAUCUGAAUUGGAUUCACCCACAGAUUGUUUUAACCCUAGGUAAAUAGGAAAGAAUACAGUAUGUAUAGAUUUACCAUCAGUCAUUUCUAGUUGUUAGGAAAAUGUUCUCAUGAUGAGUAUGAUGUAAAUUUGAAUGAUUUGUACUUUGAUUAUUUAUGAUUGGUUAUUUAUCAUACAUUUCCACAACAAGAAAUGGAUGACACCAAAACCAACAAAGCUCUUGUAUUGUCCUGAGAAUUUGAAUUGAUGUCAAUGAAUUAUUCCUGACUUGUUUGUAUUUAGACAUCCAAAGAUGGCAGCUUUACGGACCCUGUUGUAAAUUUGUUAGUAAGCCCUUAUUGAGGUUUGUUAUACUGAUGUACCAUGGUACACUGGAUCCAAGUACCUGGAUCAUGUCACACAACUCAACAACAUAUUUGUUAUUGCUUUCAUAAAAAGCUUUUCGCAUUUGCGACAAUGGAAGAUAUAUUCAUGAUGAUUACAGUUUCUAAUGGAACAAAUAUUGUAUUGUGGUUACAGAGCUGCCGUCUUUGGUACAAUGCAGUUUCAUAAGUCGCAUAUCUUACCUCCCUUGUAAGCAGUUACAAAUUGCUGGCAGUAUUGUCAGGCAUUAAUUAAUCUUAAUGUGAUUUCAAUUACAUGGCUGAUUUUAUUCUUGGAUGCUGCUAUUUCAUUAACAUUUUCAUCAAAAAACAUUUCCUUUCCUUAUGAAAAGUAUUGUCAGUUAUAUCAUCAUGAACAUCUGGCUAUAGAUAAUAGAUUAACCCUGAGUUUAAUUCAGUGUAAUCGGAAUCACAUUAAUUUAUAUUGAUGGCAAAGUUAAUAUUUGCAUGCAGUAGUUCAUCUGUGAUGUGCAAUAUCAGAAAGGCCAUAGUAAAUGUAACAGUACUAACCCUAAGUGAUAUGAAUAGACUUCACUGACUUUUUGAGGCUGCAUUGAUAUUUUGUUACUUACUAUUUAAUAAUGCUGACUCUGCAUCUGAACUAUGUUGUUUGUAGAUAUGAUGAUAGUGGGAAGUUAGGUAUUUUGCUUGUAACUGUGUAGGGGCAUGCAGUCAGUCAGGAGGACAGGAACAGCGAGCCAAUACGUCAACUGCUCGUAUACUUGAAGAAGGGAGGUGGUUGAAGAUAAUGAUUUCUCAGUAGUCGUAUAUCAUGUGUAGAUGUUCCUGACUGUUGUCAUGUGCCCUACCUGUUACAUGGUCUUCCGUGAUGGCCACGAUCGCACCCUUUCUCUGACUGCUUCGGACAGUGAGUCACAAGGAGGAGGACGGAAGGUGGUCUUUGAAAGGGUGAACAAAACUAAAACCGAGUGAUAUUAAAUUUUAAAUAUGUUUUUAUGGUUAACUUGCAUAUGCAGAUGUAGAUGGUUCUGUGUUAAUAAUGCAUGUGAAAUUCACAAAACACAUUUGUAUGUGUGUGGCCAUCACUAGACCGUGUGUUACAUCUGCAGACAUGCAUACACAUGUACACACAGCUAGGAUAACAACAGAAAGACAAAACUUACAACAACCAAGAUGCAUCACAGGCAUUGACACACAUGUCACAUCCAGCAUGCUGGAUACCAUGGUGGACACUUGCCCAGGUUCUUUUGCCAUUUACACCAAAGACUUGCUGAUUUCUGGGUUUGGAACAUUUGAUAGAGGAGAUUCUUUGGUACUGUAGCAUUCCAUGGUUGUAGGUGGUCGAGGCAUGCUGUUUGUGAUGUGCAUGUUUCACACUGUAGACGACGUGGGUGGGGUUGCAAAAUGUUAUGACAUGUCUCGAUUUGUUUCAGCAGGAGUUAGGAGCAGAUAACUCUGUGUGGCUUACACCAUCUGUGAUAGUAGGUGAGGGAGUUGGGAGCUCGGAUAGAAACAUAUUUUGGGGGGAAGGGAGCAAAAUGUAUUUGCUUUGUUUAAAUAUGAUGGUGCUAAUAAUACUCCAUUAUGUGAGCGGUGAGUCUCCGCCAAGAAUGUUUUUGAAGCCAUGAUUAGGUUUUGAAAAUGCCUGGGAACUAUCCGGCAAGUGCCUGAUAAAUAUUGAAGGGUGGGUUCUUGCACAACAGUAAUAUGUACAUAAGAAAAACCCUGGCAUUUUUGUAUGUACAUGUACAGAUAGGCAUUCACUGACACAUUGCCAAACUUUUACUAAAAAAACAGUCCCACACAAGUACAUGCCAUCCACCAACAUGACAUACAUCUUGUGUGUAGACAAAACAAUAAAAUAUAUCAGUUCAA